AUGUUCAAUGGUGAGAAAAACAAAUCACCGCCGCUGGCCGGCGCCGCCGCGUAUCCGCCGGAAUGUGCCGCCAAGCGGGCAAAGAAAAUCCGGGACGCGACCCGCCACCCGGUCUACCGCGGGGUCCGGAUGCGGAGCUGGGGAAAGUGGGUGUCGGAGAUUCGUGAGCCCCGGAAAAAGUCGCGAAUAUGGCUCGGCACCUUCCCGACCGCCGAGAUGGCGGCGCGUGCCCACGACGUGGCGGCGCUAAGCGUGAAGGGGCCCUCCGCCGCCCUCAACUUCCCGGAUCUGGCGGCCACCCUCCCGCGCCCGGCCUCACUCAGCCCGCGCGACGUGCAGGCGGCGGCAGCCAGGGCGGCGGCCAUGGAGGGGAUUUCGCCGGCGCUGCCGAGGCUGUGCGGGUCGCCGUAUUGUUUCGACUUGAGGACGGAUUUCGUGUUCGCCGACGACGGCGCGGCGGUGGAGGGGUGGUGGGAUACGCCAGCGGCGGCGUCGUGGGCCGGCGGCGACGAUGGGAUUUCGAGCUAUUUCGAAACUUUGUUGUGGAAUUAUUGA